UGCGGAGUCAGCCGAGGAUUGCCGAUUGGUGUAAUAGUGUAAUUAGCUAAAGAAACCAAGACAGGCUGAGCUUUAGGAGGUUAAUUUAAGAAGAUCUUGAGCAAGAAAAGACUACCCAUAGCACAGCCAUUACUGAUGCCAUGUCUUCGUCAAGGGAAAGUUAUAAAAACGCAAUUAAUGACGAUCAAGAAUGCGGAUCAGAUGGAAAGAACGUGACUUUGAACAAAGAAGGUACUUAUAAUGAAUCAGAAGAGGCCACAGAUAAUGAUGGAGAAAUGCAACUAGAUGCAAGGGAUCAUAGUGUGAAGGUUGAAAAUGGUUGUGGCGAUAUGAAUUCACCUGAAUUCAGUAAUCAUGCUGAUACACUGUGCAUCAGCAUCAAGAUUUUUGAUGAUUCGAUUAAGAAAAGAUUGAGAAGAAAACCUUUGUGCCUCAUCUGUGGUCCACACAAAGGCAUCUUAAAAACUGAAUACACAAAACUUUCUUCUUAUCCUGAUGUUGAAAAAGAAAUCCGUGGACUGUUGAAAAUACUUUCUCCUCCUCGUGAAUCAGAUGCUUGUUGUGGCAGCUGUCUGGGUGUCAUGAAAGAUUUUUUGGCAAUGAAAAGGAAGAUAAUAGCCCUCCACGUUGAUGCACAGGUAGAUCUACCAGACAGUCAAGGCGAUGGGGAAUCAGGAGAGGAUCAGGAAAUGAGUGAUGGGGAAAAUAUGUCUUGCAAUACCAACAACCAAGAUCAAAAUAGUGAGGUGCUUAUCAAACAUGAAAUAAUUGACAUCAGUUUUGGUGAGGACAAUGACCAUAGCAAAGAAAGGGAAAGCCUAAAAAACCAUGAAGGAAAUGGUAGGAAAACCCUAUAUUUGAAACCAAAAGUAUACCACUGCUCUUACUGUGAAAGAACAUUCAACAGGGCAAAUACACAUGCAUUGCAUGAAAGAUCCCACACUGGUGAAACAAAUUAUAAAUGUGAAUACUGUGAAUUGUCAUUUACCAGGGCAACUGAUCUGAAGGAGCAUGGUAGAGUUCAUGAGCUGAAAUGCUCAUAUUGUGGAAAAUCUUGUUGGGGGCCAAAAGCUCUGAAGAGACAUGAGCUAGAUUCUCACAUUUCAAAGUUGCAACAGAGACCAAAAAUAUACAAGUGCUCUUACUGUGAUAAAAUAGUGACAAAGCAAAGUGCACUUACUGUGCAUGAAAUGAUUCACACUGAUGAUCGUCUCAAAUGUAAACAUUGUGAAAAAUCAUUUACAAAAAGGGAUGAUCUAUUGGAGCACGAUAAAAUCCAUGAAUUGAAGUGCUCUCAUUGUGGUAAAUCUUGUUGGGGAACAAAAGCUCUUUCCAGUCAUGAAAGGAUUCAUGCUUGCAACAAAAUGGACAGUAGUACAGAAGUACUUAAAUGCUCAUUUUGUGAUAAAACNUUUAACUAA